UCAUACACGAUGACAUCUCUGAGGCUUGUCUUCUUCCAUCUGACAUGUUUGAUCUUAGGGAUAAUGGCUCAGAUGACAGAUCUGUCCAUAACAAUUCGUCAAGAAAGACGCUUUGUAUCAGCCAACAUUGGAGACCAUGUCUGUCUGCAAUGUUUCUAUGAAGAUGAUGGCUCAGCAUGGUUGUACUGGUACAAACAACCUCUGGGACAGAAACCACAGCUAAUCUCUACCUUCUACAGGUUAGAUAAAAAUGGAACUUUUUAUAAUGAAUUCAAGAAUAAUCCACGCUUCACACUGGAUACAGGGGAUGGCACAAAUCACCUUACAAUUUUUGAUUUGAGCAUUUCAGACUCAGCCACUUACUACUGCGCAAGUGCCUAUACAUUUGUCUUUAGUUUUACUGAGGGCACAACCGUCAGUGUGAAGGGUUCAGGUUUGAACAUCCCAGCUUCGGUCCAUCAGUCACCAUCUGAGAUCAUUGAGCCAGGAGGCUCUGUGAGUCUGAACUGUACAGUACACACUGGGACCUGUGAUGGAGAACACAGUGUUUACUGGUUCAAAAACUCUCAGGAAUUUCAUCCAGGACUCAUUUACACCCAUGGAAGCAGGAAUGAUCAGUGUGAGAGGAAAGACAACACACAAACACACACCUGUGUCUACAAUUUGCCAAUGAAGAGCCUGAAUCUUUCUCAUGCUGGGACCUACUACUGUGCUGUUGCCUCAUGUGGACACAUACUGUUUGGAAGCGGGACCAAGCUGGACUUUGAAGACAAAGGUGACUCUCCUGUCUUGGUGUAUUUCUUGAGUGGAGCUUUGACGCUGACCACCAUCCUGGUAGUUUUACUGACUCUCUCAGUGUUCAAGAUGAAGAAGAGAAACAGUGAUCAGUCUACAGAGUCUCAAGCAAGAUUAUCAGCUCCCUCAACAACAAGUGAAGAGGGUCGCAGAGAAGACCUCCAUUACGCUGCUUUAAAUAUCAACCUACCCAACAGAUCAAGAAGACAGAGGAACAACACCAACAAUGAAUGUGUGUACUCCAGUGUGAAGCAUUAA